UUUUUUAUUUUUUCAGAACAGUAAAAUGGGUGAAUGUCAAAUAGAAGGACCAUGUACAUCCCAAAAUGUUUCUAAUACUAUUAAACAUAUGACUGUUUCUGGAACGUAUUCUGAAAAUAAAAAUUUUCCAAAUAAACCAAUCAUCACCUCAACACCUUCAGAAAAUAAUUUUUCUUCUUUCUUCAAAAAUUGCGAUUUUUCCGAUUUUCUUUUUGAACUUUCAAUUUUCUGUAUAUUUGUUGGAAUUUUUCUUGCUGAAUUGCUUUCUUGGAAGACUGCUUUAUUUAUUUACUUAAUUAUUCGUUUGAGCAGCAAUGAUUUGGCUAGACGCAUUUUUGUUACAAUUCCGAGGGAUUUGAGGUUUGUGAAUUUAAAUUGGGGUAUUUUAAGGAAUUUUUGGACUUUGUAG